AUGAGCUCUCCCUCCCAGCACCACCACCACCCCCCGCCCUACUACUCCCAAGACACGCUACCGGCGCUCCAAAACAUCGACAAUCCCGACGUGCAAAACCAGACCAACUCCCCGUCCGUGUACGACUUGGAUUUCGCCGACCUCCCGCUGGACUUUUACGAUCUGGCGUUGGACUUUGACUUGGAGGAGUCCGCCCACCGCCCGCUUCUGGCGCCUUUCCACGAGGAACCCGCCCGCAACAAGUCCCAUGCUUUCCACCACUCCAGAAACAUAUCCUUGGAUGACACCUACAGACGCUCCCACCAGCACCUGCUGCUGAUCGUGUCCAACCUGGCCGACCCGCCGCUGGGCACCUUCUACCUGCUGCUGGCGAAUCUCCAGCUUCUGGCCGACCUGGUGCCUCAGCUUCUGCUGCUGGUGCUGAACCCGCUGUUGCUUGAUCUGCCUCAUUCCGCCUUGCAGCCCACCGCCACCCCGGGCCGCCGCCACAAAUCAACCUCUAUCUCGUACACAACGCCUCUCCGUGGCGGCGUGCUGCCCUUGACCCACGCCAAAGUCGGCAAGACUCCGCUCAAGGGUCACCGGCGCUCGCGGCUGAAAGCCAGCUUGGAGCCGUCCCUGGCCCACCUUUUGGCCUCCGUGGCUAGCAACAAGAGCUACGACGCCUUGGCCAACUGCAACGUCAACUUGAACGAGCACAACCCGUUCCACAACGACUUUGUCUCGCCUCGCGUUGGUCUCGACGACUCCACGCCGCUAGCGACGCCAGCAGGCAAGACGCCCAUGGGUUCUCAGUAUUUCACGCCCAUCUCGCACAAUCAAAGCUUUGGCGGCCUGUUGCUCGAUCUGGCGGGCCCCAGCCAGAGCCGUCCAGCGAUGCUUCGUCGCAACGACACCUUGGACUCCAUCAAGAUCGAGGACCAGGAGGACGACGCAUGUAAGCAGCUACGUAAAGCAAAGCUGUUCACGUCGUUUGGCGACCAGCUGAGGAUGGCCCGCGUCGUCAACUCCCGUCUGGGCCACUCCUCCUCCCACGACUUAUCCAACGUGUUUGACCUGACGCCCGAACUACUGGCUGACGGCUCGCCUCCAAAGUACAACAGCGAACAGCAUCCGCACGAUGCGUUCAAAAAAUCUGCAUCCAUCGACUUGUUGCUGCCGGAGCUAGUCGCCUCCGAUCGCAUGACCGACACCAGCUUGAAGUCUUAUCCAGCAUCCAUAGACCUUGCUGUCCUCGGGUCGCUUGAUGCCCCGAUCACCCACGUCCUGGCCAAUAUGCCGCUGGGCCUGAGGCCCACACACAACAAUCAUCGCCUGAACUUGUUGAACGCUGCUGCUAAGAAAUUGUCCUCCAAGGUCUUGACAGGAUACCCGACCGCGUCGCAAAUUCAAAAGACCUCCACGACAGAGGACAUUGCAAAAUUCGCCGAAAGCAUUCUCCAGCUGGACCUGAAAAGGCCCAUCUACGUGCAGCAGGAGCAAAACGAUGUCUACGACCCGAAGAAAAAGCAUAAGUGUCCGCUUUGUCUCGCCAGAUUUCAGCGGCCUGAGCAUGUCAAGCGUCAUUUGAAGAGCCACUCGACAGACAAGCCGUUCCAGUGUGACGAGCCCGAUUGUGGGCGGCGCUUCAACAGGAAGGAUAACCUCAAGGCGCAUCUCAAGAAGAUACACGGUAAGAUUGUAUAA